AUUAUAUGCACACCAAUGGCUCCUAUUGUUCGGCAAACUUCGGAAAUGCUCCGAAAACUGACAGAAAUCAGACGAUAUUCGAUAUUUUCUGACAGUUUCACUUUUGCCUGCUGUUGUGGUCUUGUCAACACCACUUGUCAGUGCUUAGGGGAGGCCUACGAGUGCAAAGUGUGUGUGGGACUUUUUGGGGCACAAAAGACAGAACUAUGUAAAGGUGUUCUCCGCAGUUUAACAUGGUCUCGACAGGCUUUUACGCACUUAUUCGCUAUCCCUGCUAACAUGCGGUUAAAGCAAGUAGCUCUGGUGUUCAUAUUUAUUAUACUGGUGUGGACAACAGCGGUGUACCUGUUUUUCUCAGAUGGUUUUGGCGAAAGCAAAAAACGUCUUUAUAAUCAACUUUCCAAACUGGAAGAUGGCAUACAGGAACAGUUCAGGCUCAAUAACGAAAUGAUACAAGACACGAAACAGUUCUUGCUGAAGAAGCAAAAAUCAUCAACACCGGUUCUGGAACCAACAGUACAAAAACAAAAUCAUGUCCAGGUCGAUAAAGAGACUCAAGGCUCUCAAGAAGGAAAGUUGCCGGUAUUAGUGUUUGCAUGCAACAGGGUUAGUGUUACUAGAUGUUUGGAUCGACUGCUUCAAUAUAGACCAGAUGCAGAUAAAUUUCCUAUUAUUGUCAGUCAGGAUUGUGAUCAUGAUGAAACUGCUGAAAUAAUCCGCAGUUAUGGGCCCCAAGUGACGCUGAUGCAGCAGCCCGACCAAUCGGACAUUCAAGUUCCGCCCAAAGAGAAGAAGUUCAAGGGCUACUUCAAAAUUGCUCGUCAUUAUGGCUGGGCACUGAACCAAAUGUUUUUUAAUUUUAAUUUCAGCACUGUGAUUAUAGUAGAAGAUGAUUUAGAAAUCGCUCCGGAUUUCUUCGAGUACUUCCUAGGAACUCAUCCACUCCUCCAGAAAGAUCCAACCUUGUGGUGCGUUUCCGCAUGGAACGAUAACGGGAAAGAAGGACUGGUAGACACUGAAAGGCCGGAGUUACUAUAUCGAACGGAUUUCUUUCCUGGAUUGGGAUGGAUGCUGACCAGGAAUUUAUGGCUGGAACUUUACACAAAGUGGCCCAGAUCAUACUGGGACGAUUGGAUUCGCGAGCCAGCUCAAAGAAGAGGACGGUCUUGCAUCAGGCCGGAGAUUUCGAGAACAAAGACUUUCGGUAAAAUUGGAGUGUCCAAUGGCAUGUACUUCGAGAAACACUUGAAAUUCAUCAAGUUGAACGAUAAAUUUGUGCCUUUUUCCAAAAUGAACCUUAGUUACCUUCUGAAGGAGAACUAUGAUAAAGACUUUGUGGGGUCAGUGUAUAAGUGCCCGACUGUGAAAUAUGACGAUCUUCGGGACAAUCACAUCAGCUUUGACGGCCCUGUGCGAAUUACCUACAGGAAACUAAACGAAUAUAAAUUAAUCAGCAAGAAAUUGGGUCUUAUGGAUGACUUCAGGGGAGGAGUUCCAAGAAUGGCAUAUAAAGGCAUUGUGACCUUUUACUAUCAGGCCAGGACGGUGCAUUUGGCACCGAGCGCAAAUUGGGAAGGCUAUCAACUGAGUUGGAGUUAACACUUGGUAAAACUUUAAUUUAAUUUGAGAAAACUAGGCAUUUUUUUCCGUUAAAAGUAUUUAGUAAAUAUGAAAAUUUCGCGAUUUUCCUUGGUGUUAUGUUUUAGUUUGUUAAUGGUUGUUUAUUAUGAUUCAGUUCAAUUCUUUGGAUCACUCAAUGAUCUAUUUGUUACUGACUGAGAAGGGUUGUAUGAAUUUAGAGAUUGUUUAUUUAUAUUUUAGAAUAUUUUUGGAAUGUAGGAACAACCAAUCAGGCGCAUAUCUAUCAAUUUGCAGUAUUGUUUGGCGUGUCUAAAGAAUUCUUCUUUCUUGCCAAAAACAAUUUUUCUAAUCACAAUCGAGCGGGAUAUUUAACAUCCAAGACUGGUCUUGGCAGCAUUCAAAUAUUCACAAUAAAAUGUAAAAUAUCGUACCUGUUUCUGAUGUUUGCACACUGAUUUACCGUGGCUUACCUGGCAGGUGUUUUCGAAAGAAACAAUGCAUUUUGUAAAUAUUGUAAUAUUAAAUUCUAUAGAUAAUUUAUUCUAAAUAUAUAAUAUUUAUUGUUUUA